GUGGAGGAAACUGAGACGGUCUCUGUUAAUUGUAGCUGCCAUGAUGUUGCGGGCGGAGGUGUCGGUGUCCGGUCACCGCUUCAUUCAGUUCGGCCGAUGACACGAAGAAAUGAAUGAGCCUCGGUAAAGGCAGCUUCAGCUUUCAUGUGCAAGAGCAGCUCCGCCUCGUUUGGCUCAUCGGUCGCGGGGAUUCUCCGUAUUGAGGCGCAUGAUGUCCGCGGGCUUGAGCGCUGCGGCGGCCCGGUGUUGUGUUGCGGUGCUCGGGCUGCUGUUGCUCCUGAGGGUGCCCGGGGCCCUGAUGACCGACACGGACACAGACUGCUCGACACACGGUGAACACGGAUGCGAAGGACUGUCCGGGAACAAAAGUGGCCUUCAUGUGUGUAAUGAAUCUAGUUGUGUUUUCGGAGGAAUCUGCAGAGACAACGGAUCACACCUGGAGUGUCUUUGCCAGUUUCAGUGUCCACGGAUGUUUGAUCCAGUUUGUGGUUCCGAUGGAGACACGUACCACAGUGAAUGUUUCCUAAGACAAGCAGCCUGUGAACAGCAGAGUCCAAUCACCAUAAUCACAGAAGGACAUUGUCCCGAUGCUGAAUCUGCAUCAGGAGAUACAGAUCUGGAGAGCUCAGGCCUGGAGCCCAGCUCAUACUCCAGGUGUUCCAGCUGCAGGUUUGGGGCAGAAUGUGAUGAAGACUCUGAAGGCAUUUGGUGUGUGUGUAAUAUAGACUGCGGUGGCUACAAUCUGAACCCAGUGUGUGGAUCAGAUGGACAGUCUUACAGUAAUCCAUGUCAGGUCAGAGAAGCUUCCUGCCUGAAACAAGCUCAGAUUAAUGUCCGACACCUUGGACAGUGUUCAGGUUCAGCUGUUCUAGUGGGCGGAGCUAAUGUUGGCAGAGCGAUGCCAUGUCCUGAAAUCAACAGCAGCUCAUGUGUACAUGGAACCUGUGAGAUGAAAAAUGAUCUGGCAACAUGCAGGUGUAAUUUGGGGUUUUCUGGCAAGCACUGUGAGCUAAGAGACUUCAGUGAGUUAUAUGUGGUGCCCAAUGGACAGAAGCUUCAGUACAUCCUGAUUGCUGCGAUCAUUGCCGCUGUACAGAUCAGCAUCAUCAUCGCUAUCAUAAUAUGCAUCACAAGGAUUCAUCCAAAAAAGCCUCGAGCACGUCUUCAGAAACAGAAUAAGGGACACUUUCCCAAAGAUGGAGGACGCAGGAUUGUAUAACUAAAACCGAAACACACAAAAUAUACACUAAACAUACACAUUCCUCCAUGCACACAUACAUCACAUACACACAUUCCCAGUAGCUUAUUUUUUCAAUUUCAAUGUUUCACUUUACUAUGAUAUUCUAUGGGAAGCUGCUUUGAUGCAAUAUACAUUGUAAAAGCGCUAUAGAAAUAAGGGUGAAUUGAAUUGAAAUUUUAAAAAGUUCUUUAGAGAGUUUUAUAUGUCAAUAUUAUAGUAUUUCAGUGGCCUUAUUCCACCCUAUUUAUUGCUUUUUAAUUUAUUAUUUUUCCUUUUUCUUUUUGCUUUUGUUCAUCUUUUCUCCUCAUUUUUUAAUUAGUCUGAAUGCAGUAAAUCCACAUGGUCAAAUGUUUACAUUAAGUAGAACAGUAUCUUCUGAAAAAAAUAUAUAUAUGAGUGAUGUCUGGUAUGUAAAACAUGCUGGCAAGAUGCUAGGGUGUUUAUAUACAUACAUUUAUGUUUUUCUCACUUUGGCCAUUAAGAAACGAUCCAGAUCUCCUUCACAACAUAGAGACACCGGCAAAUAUGUCCAGAAAACCUUUGCAACAGCCACAUAGUCAUAAUAUCUUGACACCUAGCUAUAACAUGCAUCAAAUGAAAUUAAAUGAUCUUAAAAGCAAAGAAAUAAGAAGUCCAAGAGUCAGUGUACUGAUCUACAGUACUAUUUACUAUUUUCUUCAUCUGGAACUGAAUUUCUAGUUUUCAAUCUAUGAUAAACUCAGGUCAGAUGUUUAGGAGGUUUUAUCUAUUCUAACUGAUCAGACUUGUGGUUUUCAUAAAAACAGACAAUCAAAACUAACAGUUUCAAUGAGGAUAUAUAUAACUUUUAAACAUCUCAAAAUGUUAAAUCAACAUAUGCCAAGUUCAAAAGCUAGCUAAUAUUCUAGAAACAUGCUAGCAACAUGCUAAUUCAUGCUAACAAUAUGUUAAAAUUAUGUAAGGGAUGCUUAACAUAUUUAAUCAUGCUAGCAAAAGAUGCCUAUUCUUUUAUACUUUAUUUCUCAAAACUCAUUCCAACAUUCAGGUAAGGCUCUCCAACACCACUAAAUCACGUUAGCAAUAUGUUAAAACUUCCUACAAUCCUAUAGCUGUGUAUUAAACAUUCCAAUUCAUGGCGGCACAUGUUUUUAGCAUUUAGAAAAACACUAAGAACAUGCUAAUCGAGGCUAGCAUUCUGCUUUAAUUUUGUAAACAUGCUAACGAUGUGUUAAUUCAUGCAAUGCUUUACCACAUGCAAGAAACAUUUUUUUCUUCACUCAAACUUGUAGCUUCUAAAGCUAUUUCCAAAAAAUCAGGCUUCCCAAGCCAACAUAAACUCUACUAUAGUUGUUUUUACUGUCCAAAGUUUGUUAUGGUUGUGUUCCCGUACAAGUCAUUACAGCGCGAAAAUGACAUUAAGUAACACUGUGUAACACACUUACAAUUGUGAACCCUAGGGGUGAAAGGUCAGAGAGUGUUUGUAAAGCCUAUUCCUGCCAGAAUGUUGUUAUAUAUCUGCUUUAACUUAUAUCCAUCUUAUUUUAAAAAUAAUAUGGAAUUAUGGCCAUUUUACCUAAUUUUUACCUGACUGUGUAAGGCUUCUGCCGUCAGAAGGUUAAAUUUAUUUUAACUGUACAAAAACAAUCCAUUAUGCUGCCAUCACAAUUAUCACCAUAAACACAUUACUUUGUAGUGCAAACUGCACAUUUUAUCAUUCCAAUUGUUUUUAUACAGCAGCUACAGUUAGGGAUGUCCCGAUCAGGGUUUUUUUUGCCCUUGAGUCAGAGUCAUUUGAUUUUGAGUAUCUACCGAUACCGAAACGCGAUACGAUGUUUCUAUGAUACAUUAAAAAAAAUAAUAAAGAAGUUUACAUAUCUCACAGUUUGCUACGGCAAUGCUGUCAUCAUCAACUUUAUAAUACCUCCAAACCGCAGACAUACUCGCGCUUUCCGCUUCAAGCUGCUUCCAUGUUCCACUUUUCCCAGUGUCUCUGUAACAAAGUGAUGUCAUGCCCCACACAUUGCUGUUUCUGUGUGAAGUCAAGAAAGAGGUCUAACGCACAACUAACUGUUAUAUAUAUAUAUA